AUGACCCCCUCCGCAUUGAAUCAAUGGACACGCGCUCCAGCUCCAGCCGUCCAGUGCAUUUCGUCUCUCAUAACAUCUCUAUAUAACGCGAUCACAACCCUGACUGAUAUCACCGCGGACAACACCCAGCGUUACAACCAGCCCACUGCACACGCCGUCUUCGGUACCAUGCAGGCUAGCAACAGCGCCUACUACACCUUUAUCCAGUCGGUGUCGGAGGCACGCGCCCUGGCAAACCCUGCCCUUGCAACCGACAUCCUCCUUGGUGGCUUCAACCGUCUGUAUGCCGGUCACAGCCGUGAGCUGACCUGGAAGUACAACGCGUGCAUCCCAUCGGAGGCUGAAUAUCUUUCCGUUGUCGAUGACACCACGGGAUCACUAUACACACUUCUUGUCAAACUCCUUCAAGCUGAAAGCUGCUUGCCAUUCCACUGCAAGCCUGAUCUUACUCCCCUCGCUACGCUGCUAGCUCGAUUUGUCCAUGUCAAAGAAGACUACCUCUCGUUCCAUAACCGGGAGAGCAAGAUGAGUGGUUUCAGUGAUGCACGCGUCCUCUCGUACCCGGUUAUUCGACUGGCUAAUAUCAAACCGGACAGUCGGGCGCAGAUCUCUCGAUACCUUUUUGAACGCAAGGACGCAAGCAAGAGUAGCUGCUCCUGUGCAGAGGAGAAGAAAGAUCCCUGCGGCAACUCCGUGAACUACAGCUGCCUGGUGCUUCUGCUACGCGAGUAUGGGGCACUGAGUGCGACACGCGAACUUCUCCGUGAUAUAGAAGACAAGAUUGAGAGGGAGGUAAUGCAGAUAGAGAAGUUGACGGGAGAAGUCAACCCUUUGAUACGGAAGCUUAUUGCAGGACUACGCGAGGGAUUGCUGCCAUAA